CAUGAAGGAGAAGCAUAAGAAGUACUACAAUAUAAGCUUGGGUUUUAUUCAAGAACACAUCAAUGGAGGAAGAGAAAGCUGCGAUAUCUAAUGAAACUGAGAUCAGACAUAGAGGAAUCAAAGCCAUGCCCUUCAUAAUAGGGAAUGAAAUGUUUGAGAAACUCGGGACUUGGGGAACAUCAUCGAACCUUGUAGUCUAUUUCACCACAGUCUUCAACAUCAAGCAUGUUAGUGCUGCCAUACUUAUGAACGUCUUCAACGGAACCACCUUCAUCUCACCAUUGAUAGGAGGUUUCUUGGCCGAUGCUUACUUCGGACGCUUCAAGACACUAGGAUUUGCGUCAAUAGCUUCUCUUAUGGGACUUUUUCUGGUGAUGUUGACAGCGACCAUCUCCAAAUUACAUCCUCCCACUUGCGGAAUGAAAAAAAGCUUAUGUGUACAACCUACUGCAUCACAAUGGGCUUUCUUGUUGUUCGCGCUACUUCUAUUAGUCAUUGGUUCGGGAGGGAUUAGGCCAUGUAACAUGGCCUUUGGAGCUGAUCAGUUCUAUCCCAAAACAGAUUCUGGCAAGAAAAGUAUUGACAGCUUCAUCAAUUGGUAUUAUUGUGUCAUCUCCAUCUGCUUUAUAGUGUCUUUGACAUUCAUCGUUUACGUGCAAUCUAACUUAAGCUGGGCUCUGGGACUAGCUAUUCCCCCCUGUUUAAUGUUCAUUGCAUGCUUACUCUUCUUCACGGGAUCGCGAAUAUAUGUUAAAGUAAAACCUGAGGGGAGUCCUAUCACAAGCAUAAUUCAAGUUCUGGUGGCUGCAGCAAAGAAACGCAGUUUGGAACAACCAGAGGACCCAGAAACCGCUCUUUUCAAACAUUUUACAAAGAGUUCAAUCAACUCCGAACUUCAUUACACCAAUCAGUUUCGCUUUAUCGAUAGGGCUGCAAUAGUAACGAUUGAGGAUCAGAUCAACGAAGAUGGAUCACCUGCUAAUCCAUGGCGACUUUGUACGAUGCAACAAGUGGAAGAGGUAAAAUGUCUUGUAAGAGUCCUUCCUAUUUGGGUUUCAUCUGCAAUUUUCCAUAUUGCAACAACCCAACAACAGAUAUAUGUGGUCUACCAAGCCCUUCAGUCAGAUAGGCGCCUAGGCAAUAACAACUUCAAGAUUCCUGCUGCAUCUUACACGGCAGUCUCCUGGCUAACCAUUGCUGUCUGGAUCCCUAUUUAUGACCGACUUAUUGUACCAUCCCUGAGAAAAUUCACUCGUCAAGAAGGUGGUAUCACACUUCUCCAGAGGAUAGGAAUUGGAACAUUCCUUUCUGCACUAUUUAUGUUGGUCUCUGCAUUAGCCGAAGAAAGGCGAAGAAACUUAGCUCAAACCCAUCCUACUCUAGGUUAUGCCAAAGGCGGUGGUGCUGUUUCAUCUAUGCCGGGGCUUUGGUUGAUCCCUCAACUCUUUUUAAGUGGCCUUGCCGAAGCAUUUGGCCUCAUUGGUCAAGUUGAGUUCUAUUACAAACAAUUUCCAGAGAACAUGAGAAGCAUUGGAGUAUCUGUAUACUACCUUGCCAUUGCGGUAGGGAGUUAUGCAAGUGGCUUUCUGGUCUCUGUGGUACAUCAAACAACCCAAGGCGCUGCGACUGGGAAUUGGUUGGCUGAGGAUCUAAAUAAAGGGAGACUGGAUUACUUUUAUUACACCAUUAGUCUGAUGGAGAUCAUAAAUUUUGUGUAUUUUUUAGUUUGUGCUAAGUGGUACAGGUAUAAGGCUAUGGUUCAAACCCUUGAAUCCAACCAUCCAUGAUUUGGAAUUUAUUCAAAUAAAAUUUUAUAACUUUGUUUCAACGGCA